AAUAAUUUAACUCUGUUUUACAUUUUUAUUGGCUGUUGUUCUCUUUCCCUCGUUGCUAAGAAAUUGAUGAACUGGGGCCGUCAACAGGGGCUGCUCCAAGGGUGGCUGAGACAACGGCGGCAGGCGACUCUUCGGGAAGCUCUGAGGUGAUGUCAGAAGCGGAGGGGGAAGACAGCGAGGACAAGAGUGUAGACAUUGAAAGGCCGUCCUCAGUGCUGUGGGAGAGGGUCAUCCGCCAGACCAUACUCAUUGACCUCAGCGACAAUGAGAGCCUCCACUUCAACGACCUGCAGGGCACCUUCAACAUUUGCCUGUCACAGGAUUCCGCGCCAGAAGCAAGCUUUCAUUUAAGUGAAAAUAUGGACGAGUCCGAUUCACGUGAAGACACCCAAGAUAAGGUCACUUUUUCUGAGAGCAGUCUCCUCGACAACAGCUGCUGCAGCCAGGCAGGCGGGGCCCAGGAAGGCUUGGUCCAAGGGGGUGGGGCUCAGAGCAGUGAGAUGAGGGUGUCUGUGCAGAGGCCCAACACAAUGGAGGCGUCACUAGCGUAUGAGUAUGAGGAAGCAGGAGACACCAGCGAGGAAGAGCAGGAGGACCUCCCAUAUGACGGCGAUCUCAGCCUGGAUCUCGGCAACACCACUGGUGAACAAGACCUCGGCACUAUCGACCAGAGUGAAAGAGAGGCUAAACUGGAGGACGAGCUUCCUGCACAGUCUCCAACAGUAGAUUCUGGUUCAAUUAACCAGGUCAUCGUGGACAAUACCUCUCCUUCACUGGUUCUGGAAGAGGCAGGCAAGAUGUAUGGCCCAUCUGCUAGAGGGAUCCACACUACUGACUGCAGGAUGGGGGUCGCAGAGGGAGGCGAGGGUCUUCCAGAGGUUCACGGCUACACCAGGCCCACAGAGGCUGUUGGGCGGAGCCAACCUAAUGAUGCUGCGGCUCAUUCAAACAUCAAAGAGCUCCUGCUGCAGCAUUUCUCUCGGGAUGAGCUGCUCAACUCCAGCUUGUACAUUGAGGCCGAGACUAUGCCCGAGGUGUCCUUUGCCGACAGCGUGGAUGAGACCACACUGAGCAAGGCCCUUCUCUCGCUGAAAUUAGGCAGGGACACCAGCAUCACCCCAGGAGACAACAGUGGGCAGAGCCAAGAGGGCAAGAUGACAGCCUCUGAGGAGGAGGGCAAGCAGAAAGCCAAAGAGUCUCAGGAAAAUGAGGACACCCCUUCUACAGGAAGUGACAUAGCGGUAAGUCCUGUUGAGGAACCUAUGGAGCAUGGCAGGCCUGGGAGCCCUGACCCAGAUAACGAUGGGGUCCAAAUACAGAACUCUUUCUUAGGGAGGGCUCGGUCUUACAAUGAGCUCAAAUAUGGACAAGGCCAAGUUCACUACCCCCUUCCGGAUUUUUCCAAGGUGGCCCCCAAAGUUAAAAUCCCCAAAGCCGGUGCCGCAAAACCAGUCUGUCACCAGCCAGGCAUCCUCAGGGCCCAGUCCUCCCCAGGAAUGCUGGGUAAAUCCCCAGCCUCUUGCAAGGCUACCGUGGACCUCAUUAACAAAGUCCUGGAGGACUCCAUUCAGCCAUCUGAAACGCCAUACGUCUUCAGUGACCAGCCAAAGCAUCAUGAAGAUGCACCAAAGUCAACCGAGCUUGUACAGCAUUUACAGGCUGAAUAUGAUAGAUUAUUAACCAAAUAUGCAGAGGCAGAAAACUUGAUUGAUCAGAUGAGACUUGGCACUAAACAGGCACAGGGCCCAGUAGAUACUGUGGCUUUUGAGGGCCUGGAUUUGCUGGAGGUUCAGGUCCCUGAAACCAGCGUGCACCAGCUGGACCAGCCCGCGAAGCACCGUCACCCCACCUACAGAGGCAAGGGCUCCCCUCUGCACCAACUGCGUUUCAAAGUGUACAGGCAUCAUGAAAACCUGGAUGAUCCACACCUGGACACCUGCCCUGCACAGACAGACCAAUCACAGCCAAGCGAGGGAGAAAAAAUGACCACUGAACUCAUGGAAAUUAUAAACCAGUACAUGGAAAAGGUGGACGACUUUCAAAACUGUCUGAACCUCAUGUCUAUUGGAGUUAGUGAACAGCAGAUGGUCUUUAAGAGUUUGAUGGAUGCUCAGGAUCAGCUUGAAAGGAAUUAUAUUGCCAAGAAAGAGGAACACCGAGCUCUCGAAAUGCAAAAUUACAUGGGCUUAGCUACAAACACAGGGGAGUUUGAUCCGGAGAGGAAAGUAGAAGGGGAGAUAUUUAGGAUCGGCAUGCGCCUGGAAGACAUCAGAGAGCUGAUCGACAGAAACGUCCGCAGCCAGCUCUCACUCCCUGCGUCCUCCUCCGCCCCUGCACCCUCGCUGCCCCCGGACGCCAUCUUCUCCGCCCCACCGUCAGAGUGUGAGGAGCCAUCUUCUUCCUCAGAGAAUGUGGGGACAGAGAAAGGCACGGCGGGGUUGCCCCAUGCACCUGCUCAUGUUCCGCAGACCCAUGAUGAUCCCGCAAAUACACCAGAGUGCAGCGGACACGCCAGUACCAGUCUUCACCACUCGGACCCGUCCCUGGAGAGGCUUGGGUUUGGCAUACGUGCGAAGGAAGAGGAAGAGGAAGCCGACCCGAGCGCGGGGAAAGCACGCAAUGGAGCACAUCUGCCUUUGCAGAGCAUGACGCCCCCUAGCCCGCAGGAGACAUCAGAAAGGUCAGGACCUGUGUUGCCCUGGGGCUGUGUUGGGAGUGCAGCUCAUUCCUCUGUCACACAGACACAGACCCUCUUGCCUCAAACACAGAGUGUGUCCCAGAGAACAGUGACACCGGAGACAGACAGUGGGUUUGGGAGCUCGGACCUUAGCCCUCCGGCUGCAGAACAACCGCCGUCCCAGUCAGAGACAGAGAGGUCACGUUUAUAUUCUGAACAGUACUCCAGUCCCGUUAACACGAGUGGCUCAGACAGCGAAGCGUCCAGCUCUGCUAUGCAGACGACCACUGUCCACAAUGCGUUGUCAUGGAAGCAGGGUGAAGGCCUGCAGCAGAUGAACAGAUUGGACCAUGGAACAUAUGGCAGUGAAGGAGUUAACACCGGUCUGACUGGAGGUGGAUCUCACACUUCUAGGCAUCCUGGCCAGUGUGGCACAGAUGGCCAUCUGGUACCGCCCCCUCAAACGCUCAGCCUCUCCAACGAUUGGCCACUUGGGUGCAUGGCACCAGCUGAGGCUCACGGCCACAUCUGCUCUUGCCACAACGAGGCUAUCUCAGCCCUGCAGUCGGAGGUGGCCAGGCUGAAACAGGAACUUGAGGAAAGCCUAUUUCAGCUGCCUCACAUCACUAAGAGGAUGGACUACCUGGCAUCCAGGUACAAGCAGGAGAAGAGGCCCAAAUCCAGGUCAAGGGCCAACAUUAGAGCCUCCCCCAGCAGUGACUUGAGGCAUUCAGGGUAUAGACAUAGGAAAGAGACUUUGAUGAAUACAGAUUCAGACCUCCUCAAAGUAGAAGACUGGAUUUCUUCUGAUAUGGAGCCAAACGGGGGUGACUCCUGCCAAUCUGUGAGGCCAGAACAUUCCAGAAAUUCGCAUCAAGUUGGCAAAGGAGGGGACGGCAGGCCACAUCCCCGCUCCUACAGGCGAGGGAGGCCACGCAGUGCGAGACACGAGUCCGCAGUUAUCUUGGCAACAGGGAAUGUGGAAACCAUCCACUCAGAGGGGAGCCCUCAUCCAAAUUUGAUGAAACCCCCACAGAAGCCAUUGCUGCAAGUCAACUACGGUUCCUCCUACAGUUUGCCUGCAGGGUUUAAGGCCCUGGAGCCACAGCCUGCGGGCCAGCAGAGGGGACGCUCUACCCAGUCAGACUCGGCCCUCCUGCCCAGCAACAUCUACUUCCAGAGGCCGCGGGGCAGAGCUCCGGCCUCCUCACGGAGCAGCAGCCCCUGCACGUACAGAGGGAGCGAGGACGAAGACAUCAGCAGGACGUUGGACCGCGCCAUCGAGGCCGCGCGGAGCAUGAAGCGCAGGACGGACAGGAUGGCCCAGAGCCUUUCGGCUGACCUGGCCAAGGCGGAGCUGCAGAGGAAGCUGAGCGGCCUCUGUCCACGGCGGCGGCGUGAAAACUCAGACUCGUGACUCGCGACAGGGCAACGAGUCUUCGGCGACCUGCAGAAUGCGUGGAACUAUCGUGAGGCAUCAGCGACUUGCUAUUAGAGCCAGCUAUGGCGCCUGGUUGUGGAGUCGUGAUUCAUUCAAGUGAGUCAGUGAUUCAUUCAAAAUGACAACGCAUGGUAGCUCUGGCCAUUAUGGGAUUCAAGCAGUCCCACUUAGCUGUCGCUGAUACUAACAUAUUAAUUGAAGCGUCCAGAGGCAACCUCUACAGUGAAUAAGUUUUACAUGGACUGCAUUUGAUAUACAUUAAAAAGAAAUUCUUAAGGGCUUUAUAUAUCUGACAUUUACCUUUAAAUAAAUGUGUGAUAUUUUCGUCUGUCAUAUUUAAUAAUUUAUACAUUAUCUGACUCUAAUAUAUUUUUCAUAAAUAUACAUAUGCUUGUUUGUCUCUUUCUUUCAGUGUGCUGACUGAGUAUUUAACUGCAGAGAUUCUAAAGUCCGUUAUACUGACACAAUGCAGUGAGGCAGAGACUGCAGCAGCAAAACCUACCACAGGGUGGUGCCCCAACUCUAUUUGGUUAAUGCUAAAUGCCAAGAAUGUAAAUUUGA